UCCAGGCACAGCCGGCCGUUUCCAUGGGUACGGAAGGCGGCGCGUACUGAUGAUGUCAUCGCGCCCGUGUUGUGAGUGAUGUCCGGGGUCGGUGCAGACUUGGGAUAGAGAUGAUGAGAACCAGCAAAUACACGAUGCUGGGGAACGAGGAGGAUGGGGACCCCACCGAGCGAUCCUCACCGAGCCCCUGGAACAUCAUGAUUAAACAUCGCCAGGUUCAGCGCAGAGGACGGCGCGCUCAUGUAGCUGUCAGUUUUACUGACCCAGUUGUGUCCAUGGAUCUUCUUCGUGCAGUUCUGCAGCCACGCAUUAAUGAGGAAAUUCAGAACGUUUUCAAUAAAUACAUGAAGUUCUUUCAGAAAGCUGCUGUGAAUGUGAGAGAAAAUGUUGGGGAUCAUGUAAACCCGGAGCAGCUAAUCCGUGACACAUGUCGCAAUUGUCUGGAGCAGGCUAAGGUUCUCUUCACAGACAAAAAGAUAAUGAAGCCUAUCAUAGAGGUCCCCAUUAUGAAGCGACCAAGACAAGUAGACGAGGAGUCAAAUAUGCGGAGGAGUCCAGUGCCCAAAAAGAGGAAAGGACGCCCCCCUGUACUGAACUUCCACCCUGACCGAAAUUCCUUAGGACUCGCAUUGCUGAAAAUCAAGACUGCUGAUCCAAUCCGACGGGAAGGGCCAAAGUGGGAUCCAUCUAGCCUGGAUGAGAAAACGACAUUUGUGCUGGGGUCACAUGCCAACAAGGCUUUAGGCAUGGGAGGAACCAGGGGACGGAUUUAUACCAAACACCCAGAACUGUUUAAGUAUGCUGCUGAUGCCCAGGACAAGCAAUGGCUGACAGAACAGCAGCACAUGAAAGCCACAGGUGGCAAAAUGGUGUACCUUCUUUUGGACCGAGAUAUCUUGGAUUUGGCAACCACUGAUGAGUAUAGGGACUCGGUGGAGCUGAGGCUGGAUGAAUUGAAGGCAUUCGUAGCUCCACUUUGGAUGAUUGUGAAGAUGAGAAAGUACAUGGAGCUGGUGCGGACGGAACAAGAAUAGCUGCCAAAUGUUGUGCAAAUUAUUAUCUUCUUGAAAUAAUGUGGUUGACUUUCAUAAUUAUGAAAGUGGUUUUAUAAUGCCAUCUUGGCCAAAUGAAGAGUUCAGUCAUGGUGGGGCAAGGAGCAGUGAUGAUGAGCAGAGCAUGACUAUUCAGAAAUCUUCUUGUCUCAUCUGACUACAGUAAAGCGUAAUCUGAUUGUAUGCUAACGAUUAUUGCAAUGUGGAAAUUAUUAUUGCUCUCUGCACCAUCAUUUCUAAGGUUCCA